AACGUGUUUUGUUUUCAGAGUGCGUUUUUAGCGUGUUGUACAUUUCCUCGGGAACAUUAAAGACUGAAAACCUUGAACAGUAUGGGCCUAUUGCAUUCAUCGAUGGCCACCAGAUUAUCGGCCGCUGAUCUCUCGUUUAAUGCAUCAAUAGGCACUAAAAUCACCCGCACAUCUGAUGUGAAUUGCAAUCAUUGGCCAUACCGCACCCUAAAGCUGAUGUCGGUGUUUUAGUCCUGCUUUCAACCAAAAUCAGCGUGAUAAACCAAACUUGCAAAAAAAAAAAAACUUGAUCUCGUGUUGUUACCGCGUCAAACAAGGCUAUUGCGUUGCAGCUUUCAUGUACAAAUAUCGCAUUCUCACUUCCAGAAACGUUGAUCAAACAUUCGAAUGUUACAUGUUACUAUUCCCCCAUUUCCCCCUCCAGAGAUGAGUAGCUGUUUUCUGGAUGAGGAGACGUUCUGUCAGUGCUGUCAGCUUCUCCUCCAACACUCCCACUCCCUCUGUGACGGCUGGAGCUGGGAACAAGUGAAGGGUUCUGAGGAGGGCUACCUGAGGAAGACUGCCCUGGGGACCGGCAGAACCAGAUGUAACCUGGACCAGCAAGGAAACAGUUCAGACCAGCACCAGGAGAGGACCUUCUCCCUCUCUUUCCAUAAUGAUGAUGAUGAUGAUGAUGAAGAUGAUGGCGCAGUGUGUUGUAUACAGGAGGAGAGCAGUAGUAGCAGUGUCGUUCAGUAUGAAUACCAUAUCCUCUACUCCUGCAGCUACCAAACUCCUGUCCUCUACUUCAGAGCCUCAACCCUGGAGGGUAGGAGUCUCUGUCUCGAGGAGGUAUGGGACAGUGUUCAUCCUAACUACAGACAGAGACUACAGCACAGACCCUGGGACACCAUCACACAACAGGAACACCCGUUGCUAGGCCAGUCGUUCUUUGUGCUCCACCCCUGCAGGACAGAAGAGUUCAUGAUGCCUGUUCUAAAAGCUGCCCUGGAAGAACACCGACAGGUGAACUACAUUGUGACCUGGCUCAGUGUGGUGGGUCCUGUUGUGGGACUGGACGUUCCUCUGAGCUACUGUACACAGGUACCUGAACCCCCGCACACCCCCUCCAGGUCUCCACAGCCCCCUCCAGCUCUCCACAGCCCCCAGCCCUAGGGACAAAGCCAGGCUGAAUGGUUCUCCCAUAAUUCCAAAGCGAAUUUCCAUUGGAGCCAGAUUUGACAUCAGCUUGAGAUUUGUUGAUGAGGUCUGUCCAGUGGGCAUGAGAUGGAGGACAUGGCAGCUGCUUUUCACAGCAAGUCUCUAGAGAGAACCGUUACAUGAAGCACUGCUGGCACCUAGUGGUGAGAAACAUUACUGCAACUCUUCAGGCCUGUCAGAACUGCUAGGUUGAAUCAGAUCAGGUGAUGGAUCUGAGAAGAGGGAGCGGGGAUGACGUAUAGAUCUGGGACAGGGUCUUACUAUGGGCUUCAGUGCUGAUACCUGUGAAAGGGUGAAACAUGACACUUCUCCUUUUGUCAGAGCAGACCUGGUCUUAGGAGGCUAGACAACCACGGCGCAACGAAAGAGAUGUCUAUUGAUUUCUAUGGGAGCUACUCUGUCCUUGACAAAGUUGUUUUGGAACAAGACAAAUGAACGUCUAUUUUGUCCCUGGAUAGGGGACUGAAGAUGACGUCAGAUGUAACUUAUGUUCCCUAUGACCUCAAACCUUAACUUUUUAAGUACACCUCUCAUUAUCACCUAACAUGUCCAACAAUCAUGUCGGAACUUUUUGAUUUCUUUGCAAUAAAGUUGAUGACAAACACACUGUU